UUGACUGAUACCUACCUGAAAUGUCAAUGUCAUUGAGUUUUUUAUAAUAAUAAUCAAAUAAUAAUUCGUCUGAUUAUCUGUUUAUUUAUCUUAGAGUUUGCAUAAAAUGAGCAAUAGAAAGGAGAAUAUCAAAAAAUCUUUAGGCGUUAGAAGAUUUCUUUGGAGUUCGGAUGAUGAUGAUAGCGAUUCUCAAACAGAAAGUUCUGGUUUUCAUAGACCAAAUACUGAUCCUAACCUACAUGCAGAAAUUGCAAACGCAAAUAAUGAAGAUUUAGGAGUGGCCAAUUCACCAUGUACGCUGAGUCAAAGAGCGGCCACAAAAUUAGAGAGGGCGCAGUUCUUUAAGAUGCUAAACAGCCCUGUCAGAGCACCUCCACGUGGAUCUGUAUUAGAAUGUUAUUACGAUCGGCCAUCUGAAAUUUAUGAUGAAUGCAGUCCUAGGAAUUGUAAAGAAGUUGACUUGCGGAAGAUCCUCUCCAUCCAGAAAGUGAAGCGUAGUAUGAGCUCUCGUAAUGCAGAUAGAAGCGUACCCUCGACAUCAAAUGUCCUGGCUAAUAUUGAAGGAGCAGGCAGGUCCGAGGCACCAAGGGUACUUGUGCCCACACUUUCUGCGUCAAACAUAAUACCGGCGAUGCUGGAGCGCGCCCGCAUGCUGGAGGAACCCCAGCCGUCCACCAGCUCGCAGUCCACACCACCGAUGACACAAAGGAGACUGUUCUCUAUGGUUGCAGAUCAAUCUGAUAAUGAUGUCGAGCCGCAAGAAAUGGACACAUCGAUGAAUGCUGAAAAUGACACUGAUAAUGUGGAGACGGAAAAUGUCGAUGAAGACAAUGUUUUGGGGUCGCAAAUGAAGCAGGAGAGGAGGGAGGCGAGAGAGGUGUGGGAGGGGGAGGGGGAAGGAGAAGGAGAGGCAGAAGGAGAGCCGGAGGUGGAGGCAGAGGUGGAGGAGGAGAUCGACGUGGGUGAUGAGGAGCGUCCGCAGCCGCCCCCUAGCGCCAACAACGAAACACAAGCUGCCCCGGUCAAUCCGAUCCAGCGCUCGGUGCAGACGCAGGUCGCAGAGAAUACGCCGGCACGGAAAAGAAGAAGGGAGAGCCAAGAAGGUAACUACAUAACGUACACAGUACAGGAGUUCAAUCAGUGCCUGCUGCGGCUGUUGGAGUGCCCGGUGUGCCUGGAGUGGAUGGAGCCGCCGAUGUCGCAGUGCCGGCGCGGCCACCUCGUCUGCAGCCGCUGCCGCGCGCGUCUCACCGCCUGCCCAGUCUGCCGCAUCUCAUUCUCCUCCGUCAGGAACCGCGCCAUGGAAGGGGUGGCGGAGCUGCUGCACUACCCGUGUCGGCACGGAUGCGGGCGCGGACCGCGACUGCGCAGGCGCGAGGCGCACGAGGCCAACUGCGCCGCGCGCCGCUAUGCCUGCUUCGCCCCGGACUGCGCAGACCGCCCGCUGCUGCCGCUCAAGGAUCUCUACACGCAUAUGCGGUACAAGCACACUACAAUGAUGAAGAUCGGCAAAAGGCAGCGUUUCUCGGUGAAGACGAACACCGAGACGCACGAGCUGUGGCUGGUGUGCGCGGACGGGGAGCUGUUCCAGCUGCGAGUGGACGUGGACACGCGCGGCUGCGGGCUGCUCGUGCACGUCACAUACGUCGGCCCCAAGUGCAACGCCUCCAACUUCACAUACCAGGUAACGGUGGAGGGUCGUCACGAGCGAAAAAUAGUGUACUGCAGGGAGACGCACAGCGACUUGGAGAACAUGACGCUGGCCAUCUCGCGCCAGGACUGCUUCUACCUCGGCCUCAAGCAGGCGCACAACUUCAUACGCGUAGAGAACCACAACCACGUCGAGAAAUACGUCGAUUUCUGUGUUGAAGUUAUUUGUCCUAAUACUUCAGAAAAUGAGGAAUCUUCAACUUCUUAAUAAAGUUACUUUUCUACUAUAAACGAAAUUAAAGCAAAAAACUAUGAUUCUUUGCCACUGACUUAGUAUCAUAAGUCGAAAAUAUAACCAACUAGGGCAAAUUUCUAUCGCAUUUAAAAGCACAAGUCUGGUUUAAGAUCACAUCUGUAGCUAGAGCUGUUUUAAUUUGAAUUGUCCUUUGAGUUAAAUUAAGUUCCUAAAUUGUUCUAGUCUUUAUAAUUUCAAACAUUGAUGGAAAUAAAUAGCUUGUUUAGACUAUUCCAUUCAUAAAAGGUUAUUCAUCUAACAUUCACCUGUUAAUAUACAUCUAUCAAUCCUUGUUACCAUAGAGGUGUAAGCAGGGCUAGUUUGACGAAGCUGCCCGAAGAGACGUGUCGUAGAUCUGUCUUAAUCCAUGUGAUAAGAUUUAAUAUUGAACAUUCCUCAGUUUGGAGACUGAAGUAAUGAAUGAUUUACCGUUGGUUUCUGAGAUAUAAAUAUCUAUAUAAAACAUAUUGUCAUCCCUGUCACUACUGGCGAAACAGCGAUAUAAAUAUAUGUUUAAAUUGGUGAUUUUGGUUUCAGAAACCCACGCUUAGUAAUAUAAUCUCUAACUUAGUUUAAGAUAUUU